AAUUGGAGACCAAUUUAGCUACCACAUAUGAUGGUCUCUAAUUUUAGCUACCACAUUAUGUAGUCGCUAAAUGGUCUGAAUCUUAUCUUAUUUGGUCUCCUAUUAUUUCAAUUAGCGACGACAAUGAGAUAAAUAGCGACCAUAUGAUGUGGUGGCUAUUUAGAGACCAUAUAAUGUGGUAGCUAAGUAUCGUGGUGAUGGUCUCCCAUGUCAGUUCUACAACAACUAUUUAGAGACUAGAUAACGACUAUACAUGAAGUAUUGAAAUAGAGACCACAAGGCUUUGUGGUUCCUAUUUUUAUUAGCGAUCACAAGAUAUAGUCUCUAAGUAGUCGCUACAUGCAUUUAGCGACCACUUAGAGACCACAUCCGGUGGUCUCUAAAUCACUGUUUUUUUGUAGUGAAAAGUGUAAUCUGAACAAUUAUCGAUAAAAGUAAUGAAAUACCAUUUUCUAUUCAUAAAUAUCAGAAUGAAUUAAAUCCAAAGAUUCAUAUUCUUUUGCUACUGAUUUAUGUGGCUUUUUAGUUAUCUUAGUUUAGCUAUAAAAAUUACAUUUCUCAAAAUUAUUUAAAGACAGUUUAGGAAUUAGAUUUAAAUUACUCAUCUUUUUUCAUGAAUUAUGGAGGAGAGAGAUUGGGUGUUGUGUUGUCUUCAUUGCAUGAAUUGCCAACAAAAAAGUUGGAUACCAUGGACCACUAUUAUCGUCUGUUAACAUGACAAAAAUAAUUAUUUGCCAAUUAUUAAAAGAGCACAACACAUAAGUAGAAGAAAUCACUUUAUUAACAUCAACAUUCAACUUAAGUAUUCCAUCACCUGCAUACAUUUUCUAAUAAAAAUAUUAUUCUUAGUAAAAGUAUAUAAAUUAGCACCAAUAGUUUUGAGUAACACCAGCCCCAUUAAGAAGAUAGCCUGAAAUGAGAUUUUUCCUCAUCUCUGAAGUAUGCAGCACGUCUUUGAGAGUUAGAGUCUUUCCAAAGGUACUACUAUACCAGAACCAGCAACAACAGAGGUACUACCAUACAGAACCAGCAACAACAGUAGAGUGAGAGUCACCCAACAACACCUUUUUGUCUUUAGUCUCAGUGUAGGUCUUGAACAUAGCACGAUCAUACUAGACAUGGCGAGAAGCACCAAUGUCUACCUACCACCCUUCGGAUCCUCCAAUCAUGUUUAUUUCAAAAAUCAUAGCACAAUAGUGCUUUUUGGCAAGUUCGCUUGAGGAGCAGGAUGACGCCUACUCCGGCAAUUCCGGGACAAGUGGCCUAGCUUGUUACAGUUAUAGCAUGUAAAUUGUAACAAGUCGUUCCUUGAAGGGGAUUUCCAGCUUGAAAUUGUGGAAUAGGCUCAUUUUUGUUGUUGUUGCGAUUCUAGAUUUGAUUAUGCCUUUGAUUUUUCAUAUUCUUUCCAUUUGGUUUGAGCACAGCAGCAGUAGUUCUGGAAACCAUAAGAAUCUCAUCUUUUUGGUCCUGUUUUCAGGCUUCCUCCUUGAUAUGAAGGCGAGUAAUUAAACUCUCUGAGGAAAAUUCUUUAGUUUUAUGCCUAAGAACAUUUUUGAAAUCUUUCCAGCUAGGAAGUAAUUUAUCAAUCAAAACAACAACUUGAAAUUGUUCAUCAAGAGAUGUCCUUCGGAGAUGAUAUCAUGUGCAAUCUUCUAAAGUUCAUGCGAUUGAGCCUCCACAGAUUUGUCGUCAAUCAUCUGAUAUUUAAGGUAUCGACUGACAACAUACUUCUCAGUUCCAGCCUCCUUUGUGUCAUAUUUCUUUUGCAGACUUGUCGGAGUUGUAGUAGUCAUAGAGAUCAUCAGAUAAGCCAUUCAAGAUGUAUUUCUUGCGCAGAAAAUUGUUUUCAUUUCUAGUCUCGAAAUCCUUAGUAUGUUUUUCAUAUGGUUUCUCAGGAAGCAUAAGUUUCUCAUAUGCACAGACAUAGGUAAGUUUUUUGGUAUUUAAAUAGAACAACGUCUUUUGCUUCCACCUUUUAAAGUGCAAGCCCUCAAAUCGAAAUGGUUUGCGCAAAUCAGUAGUAGCAGCAGAGACAAUUUCGACAUAAGACAUAGCAGUCGAAGACAUGCUAGGCACAAUAACCUCUUAAAAUUGUUGAAAACAGAAAGCAAAGAAACAUAAAAAGGGAGUCUGAGAUGUUCAAGAUUUGAGCUGUGUAGUGGUGUCUGGUCAUGGGAAUUGAAGAGCCAAAAGAUCCAUUUAAGGGGGUUGACUGGAAAGCUAUAGGUGGUGAAUUGCAGAAGGACCCUAGUGCUGCUGCUAAACCAGUUAUAAAGAAACGGCUUCCUAAAAAGAUCAGGCAAAUUCCUCACUAUUAUUUCCAUCCCCUAAGGUCUCGACCCUCCGUAAUUGCAUUGAAUGGGGCAUGUAUUACUGGUGGAAUUGGUGCUGAUAUGCUGCUUGAGAUCUGGAUAAACAAGAGAGUUGAAAGGCAUAGAAACUUAUUCUUCUUGAAUGCAACACAAAGAGAAGAAGGAAGUAGGAAAAGAAAGAUGAGGACGGAGGCGUCAUAUGGGAGUUUGACAAGUAGAGUCUGGACAGCAUUGUAAGAGUUCCAUUUUGAGCGGACCUUUUUCCUCGGCCAGUGUUUCAUCGCUUUGCAAGCUAGUUGAUGGAACCAAGUCCUCUUGGGAAACUUAUAUGAUGCGAAUGCCAUAGAUUUGAUUGUAUCAUUUGGUUUACUUUUGCCAAGCUCAUCCUUCUUUUAUGGUUUUAAUAUUAUUAAGCAAUUGAUUUAUUCAGAGAAAUUAAUUUGUUUGUUAACAUUGAAGAUGAAUUUCAGUCUCAUCCUCCUUCCUACUGGGGAACUUAGGAAGUCAUAUUCAAUUUUGAAUUCUUUAUGCACAUGUAAGCACCCUUUUUAACCUGAAACUUCAAAGUUCUGAUUAGCCAUAAAAAUUGGCUUUAUUGUG